CCCAAGUAGAAUUAUGAACCACAAAAGUUGGACAUUUUAUUUUUUAUUUUUGACCACAGAAAUUGGGGUAGUUCUGAUGGUGCUAUUUGCAAUUAUGCUGCCAACAACCAGAAGGUCAAGAUUUUGUGUUGGGAUUUAGGAGGCUGUUUCACUUCAUUUCCACUUCCCUCUUCUAAUCUCUUUCUACAUAAUACUAUUCUCUGAUUCCUCUAUUCACGAUCUCAAACAUUCCAUUCCUCAUUUUCCCAGAAUAUGCUUUUCUUGUUUCGUUGUCUUUCCUUUUUCCCUCCCACACACAUGACUUUCUUAUAAUUGCCAUGCAUAGCGAGUAUAAUCAACUUACAAGAUCAGGGAAAUAAAAAUUAAAAAAUAAAUAAAACUUUUGUUUCAUUUCCAUAAUUGCAAUGAGUAGUAGGGAGAAAAUGUUAAUUCCCAUUCGUUUGGAAGAGGCUGCAGUGGACUUGUUAAACCAUCUUGUGAAGCUGAAGGAGGAGGCUAAGAUUUCACUCUUCAUUCCUCUCAUUUUGAUUGCUUGGGCUAUUCAUAGAUGGUUCUUCUCUUUCUCCAAUUGGCUUCCUCUUGCACUUGCUUUAUGGGGAUCUAUACAAUAUGGAAACUAUCAACGCAAACUACUUGAGGAGGACUUGAAUAAGAAAUGGAACCGGAUCAUACUCAACACCUCGCCCAUGACACCAGUGGAACACUGUGAGUGGUUGAAUCUGCUAUCGACACAAAUUUGGUCCAACUAUUUUAACCCUAGGUUAUCAAGAAGGUUAUCAAACAUAGUUGAGAAACGUUUAAAGCUCCGGAAACCAAGAUUUAUAGAAAAAGUUGAGGUGCAGGAGUUUUCACUUGGAUCAUGCCCCCCAAGUUUGGGUCUUCAAGGGAUGCGAUGGUCAACCUCUGGUGGUCAGCGAGUCCUAAAGAUGGGUUUUGAUUGGGAUACCAGUGAAAUGAGCAUUCUGAUGCUUGCUAAGCUUUCGGUUGGAACUGCCAAAAUUCUGAUCAACAGUCUUCAUAUAAAGGGUGAUCUUCUGGUGACACCAAUUUUGGAUGGAAAAGCACUUCUAUAUUCAUUUUUAUCGACACCUGAGGUGGGAAUAGGAGUUGCCUUUGGAAGCGGUGGAAGCCAAUCAGCCACUGAGUUGCCUGGUGUUUCUCCUUGGCUGAAAAAACUUUUUACUGAUACCUUGGUUAAAACCAUGGUUGAACCCCGGCGCCGGUGUUUCACUUUGCCUGUAGUUAAUUUGAGGAAAACUGCUGUUGGAGGCAUUAUAUAUGUUUCAGUGAUUUCAGCAAACAAACUUUCUAGGAGUUACUUCAGGAGGAACUCAUCUUGGAUGCAAGAAAAUGGCAUAGUCAAUGGAUGUUCAGAAAACAACAUGGAUGACAGGAACUUACAGACAUUUGUUGAGGUAGAAGUCGAGGAAUUGACAAGGAGGACGGGUGUGAGCUCUGGCUCAACUCCAAAAUGGGAUGAAACAUUUAAUAUGGUUUUGCAUGAUAAUACGGGAAUUGUUCGCUUCAAUCUUUAUGAGAGUCCCCCCAGUGGCGUCAAGUUUGACUACCUAGCAAGUUGUGAAAUCAAGAUGAGACAUGUUGAAGAUGAUUCAACAAUAAUGUGGGCAAUAGGGAAAGAUUCUGGUGUCAUAGCAAAGCAUGCAAAGUUUUGUGGUGAUGAAGUUGAAAUGGUUGUACCAUUUGAGGGGACCAACUCAGCAGAGUUAAAGGUGAAAAUUGUAGUGAAAGAGUGGCAAUUUUCCGAUGGUUCUCAUAGCUUGAACAAUCUCCAUGCUAGUUCUCGGCAAUCACUUAUUGGAUCAUCAAAUCUUCUGUCAAAAACUGGAAGGAAACUCAAGAUAACUGUUGUGGAAGCAAAGGACCUUGCUGCAAGAGAUAAAUUUGGAAAAUUUGAACCAUACAUUAAGUUGCAGUAUGGAAAGGUUGUCAAGAGAACCCAUGUUGCUCCUCAUCCUACUACACCAAAUCCUGUCUGGAAUCAUUUAUUUGAAUUUGAUGAGAAUGAUGGUGAUGAAUACCUUAAUGUAAAGUGCUUUAGUGAAGAAAUUUUUGGAGAUGAAAAUAUGGGAAGUGCACGUGUAAACUUGGAAGGACUGGAGGACGGGUCAAUCAAGGAUGUAUGGAUCCCUCUUGAAGGAGUGAGUUCUGGUGAAUUAAGACUUAAAAUAGAAGUUGUUAAGGUGGAAGACCUAGAAGGAUCAAAGAAACUAACACAGGAUUCAGCCCAUGGUUGGAUAGAACUUGUUCUUAUUGAAGCAAGGGAUCUUGUUGCUGCUGAUCGUGGAGGGACAAGUGAUCCCUAUGUGAGGGUAAAUUAUGGAAACUUGAAGAAAAGGACAAAGGUUAUACACAAAACUCUCAACCCUCGUUGGAACCAGACCUUAGAGUUCCUUGACGAUGGCAGUCCCCUGACACUGCAUGUUAAGGACCAUAAUGCUUUACUUCCCACAUCAAGUAUAGGUGUAUGUGUCGUGGAAUAUCAAAGGUUUCCUCCAAACCAGAUGUCUGACAAGUGGAUACCUCUUCAAGGGGUGAAAAGUGGUGAGAUCCACAUCCAAAUUACAAGAAAAAUUCCAGAGAUGCAAACGAGACAUGAACAAGACUCUGAUCCUUCGUUAAGUAAAUCACACCAAAUUCCAAGCCAGAUAAGAGAGAUGAUGAAAAAGUUUCGAUCUUUAAUAGAGGAUGGAAAUCUCGAAGGACUGUCUACAACUUUGAGUGAAUUAGAAACUCUAGAGGAUACAAAAGAAGGGUAUAUAGCACAGUUGGAGACUGAGCAAAUGCUUCUUCUGAGCAAAAUAAAUGAACUGGGCCAGGAAAUGGUCAAUUCUUCUUCUUCCCUUACCAGUAGUUCUUCUCAAAGUGGAAAUUAACCUUCAUCAACAGCCUCUACUUCACUUAAUCAAUAGUUGAAUUUUCAUUUUCCAGUGUAAAAUAUUCUUAUAGGAAUCAUCAUGGAUUGAUUCCCGUAUAUGUUUAUCCAAGGAUUCUUGUAGUUUACAACAUACUUUAUUUAAAUUUUGUAGAACUUCAAAGUUUUAAUAGUCUUUACAUUUAUUAAUUUUAUAGUUGAAUUCAAAAUAUGAAACUGUGAUAAUACAUUUAUUUUAACAUGAAGUAAUAAUUG